UUUAUGCAAAGAUAGAAACUCGGUAGAGUUCAUACUUCAUACAGUAUUUACUAUUUGGUUCAACUCAAGCUGACUAGCUCGUGCUCUUUGUUUUUGUAUCUUUCUUAGUUUAAAUGUUAAGCAGUCCACAAUUUAUAACUCUCGUUUUUUUAGUAUUUAACUUAAAUAGAUGUGUUCAUUAUGAAUGAAAAUCUCGAUAUUUAUUUUAAACCAAUAGUGCUAGUGACUGGGUUUGGACCGUUCAUCAAACACCCUGUAAAUGCAAGCUGGGAAGCGGUGAAAUUACUGAACAAAGAUGAAAUUGAGAAGAAACAUAACGUGGAGUUGGUACAAAUUGAGUUACCGGUGAUCUAUGAAAAUGUGGACGAGUUUGUGCCUGCAUUGUGGGAGACACACGAGCCAAUACUAAUGCUACAUGUUGGAGUAUCAUCCAUUGCUCAACAUCUAACCCUUGAGAAGCAGGCUCAUAAGAAGGGCUACCAGAGGAUGGAUUAUUUUGACCAAUGUCCAGCAAAUCAUACCUGUCCAGCUGAUGGGGCUGUCAGAUUGCACACCAAACUUGAUGUAGACCAAAUAUGUGAUGAUUUCAACAAUAGUGAUCUACCUGAAGGUGUUAAAGCAAUCACAUCCCUGGAUGCGGGCAGAUACGUGUGUGAGUACACAUACUACCGCUCGUUGAGCGUGGCGGCGGGCCGCACGCUCUUCGUACACGUGCCUGCGGGCCACGUGGCCGGCUACGGCGCCGAUAACACCGCACGCUGUCUGGAGCGCGUGCUGGAGCUGGCGCUGCGGCAGGCGCAGACCCGGCAGUGAGUGGCGUGUGACGCCAGGUGAACAAACAAUAUUAUAUGACACACAGUACAUACUACCGCUCGCUGUUCAUGACCGGCAGUGAGCGGCGUGUGACGCCAGGUGAACAAACAAUAUUAUAUGACACACAGUACAUACUACCGCUCGCUGUUCAUGACCGGCAGUGAGCGGCGUGUGACGCCAGGUGAACAAACAAUAUUAUAUGACACACAGUACAUACUACCGCUCGCUGUUCAUGACCGGCAGUGAGCGGCGUGUGACGCCAGGUGAACAAACAAUAUUAUAUGACACACAGUACAUACUACCGCUCGCUGUUCGUGACCGGCAGUGAGCGGCGUGUGACGCCAGGUGAACAAACAGUAUUAUAUGACACACAGUACAUACUACCGCUCGCUGUUCGUGACCGGCAGUGAGCGGCGUGUGACGCCAGGUGAACAAACAAUAUUAUAUGACACACAGUACAUACUACCGCUCGCUGUUCGUGACUGGCAGUGAGCGGCGUGUGACGCCAGGUGAACAAACAAUAUUAUAUGACACACAGUACAUACUACCGCUCGCUGUUUGUGACCGGCAGUGAGCGGCGUGUGACGCCAGGUGAACAAACAAUAUUAUAUGACACACAGGACAUACUACCGCUCGCUGUUCGUGACCGGCAGUGAGCGGCGUCUGACGCCAGGUGAACAAACAAUAUUAUAUGACACACAGUACAUACUACCGCUCGCUGUUUGUGACCGGCAGUGAGCGGCGUGUGACGCCAGGUGAACAAACAAUAUUAUAUGACACACAGGACAUACUACCGCUCGCUGUUCGUGACCGGCAGUGAGCGGCGUCUGACGCCAGGUGAACAAACAAUAUUAUAUGACACACAGUACAUACUACCGCUCGCUGUUCGUGACUGGCAGUGAGCGGCGUGUGACGCCAGGUGAACAAACAAUAUUAUAUGACACACAGUACAUACUACCGCUCGCUGUUUGUGACCGGCAGUGAGCGGCGUGUGACGCCAGGUAAACAAACAAUAUUAUAUGACACACAGUACAUACUACCGCUCGCUGUUCGUGACCGGCAGUGAGCGGCGUGUGACGCCAGAUGUUUCGAAAAGCUGCAGCCGCGGCGAGACACGAUUGACAACGAAAGACUGUUUAUAUUUUGGAUGCAGAACAGUCUUCGGGCAACGUCCUCAGCAGCUCAAGACACCCUUCCCUUCAAAAUCAUAGCUUUGUUGCCGGGUUCUCUUCAUCUUCUGUUUCCGUCUUCAACCUUGACUUUCAUUUUCUUUUCUGCUCUUUCAUUACCGUCCUGGUUUACCCUGAGGCGUGGGGAGGUGGUUGAAAUAAAUAACACUGCCUCGGAUAACGCUAUUAUUUAUUCUGCCCCUUCUUCUACCUGUUACAUUAAUUAUAAUAAACUACUUACAUUCUAAACAUGUAGGUACUACUUACGCAUGUAUGUAGCCCACUUCACUUCGGGUGUUAAGAAGGGGAAAGAAAAUUGUUAAAUAGAAUUUAUUUUUUGUAACUUAUAGAAUUAAAUUUAGAGAAUGUGUAAAAUAAAAUUAAGUUUAUGUACAUAAUAGUUCAUUGAGUUGAACCCAUGUAAAACUUUAUGUAAUUAGUUAAAGUUUAUAUAAUAUUAAAUGUUAAUUAUCUCUGACAAA